AUGGUGGCUGCUAAGAAAACCAAGAAGACCCAUGAGUCUAUCAACAACAGACUCGCUCUUGUGAUGAAGAGUGGGAAAUACACUUUGGGUUAUAAAACUGUUCUCAAAUCUCUCAGGAGCUCAAAAGGUAAAUUGAUUAUCAUUGCUAACAAUUGCCCACCAUUGAGGAAAUCUGAAAUUGAGUACUACGCCAUGCUGGCGAAGGUUGGAGUUCAUCACUAUAAUGGAAACAAUGUUGAUCUCGGAACUGCUUGUGGAAAGUACUACAGAGUGUGCUGUCUCAGCAUAGUUGAUCCUGGUGAUUCUGAUAUCAUCAAGUCACUUCCUGGAGAUCAAUAG